AUGAGUGAUAGCUUUGAUGAUCAAUUUCCCCCAUUGGGAAAAGUAACCAUCAAAAAAAAAGAUGUAUCAUACAUAAAAACAUCAAUGUCACCUUUGUCGACCUCUAAUAACCCAACUGAAACUUACGAGCAAAAUGAAAAUCUAGAUCAAAAUAAUACUCCUAUCAAUAGCAGUAAUGAUGAAAUUAUUACCAAUACUGUUGAUAAUAAUAAUAAUACCACCACUUUUGACUCAUUAGAAAAUUAUAAUAAUAGUAAUAAUAAUAAUAACUAUAAUAGCAUUACUAGUAAUUACAGUGAAAACUCUUAUUUCAAUAGUAAUAAUUAUAAUAGAUACUAUAAUAAUAAUAAUCAACAACAACAACCAAAUACAGGUACCACAGUGAAUUACAAUAACAAUUUCAAUAGCUCUAAACCAUAUAAAAUAUUUAACAAAAAUUAUAAUAGUUCAUAUAACUAUCAACCACCACCGUUGCCGCAACAGCAACAACAACAACAACAGCAACAGCAACAGCAACAGCAGCAGCAACAACAACAACAACAAUUUAACAGUGGUAUCCCGAUGAAUAAUAGCAAUAGUUAUCAAAUAGGUUAUAAUCAUAACAAUAAUAAUAAUAAUGGGUUUAUUCCUAAUUAUAAUUAUGUUCAACAACAACCACCCCCACUCCCAUCAUCAUCCUCAUCACAAAAUACAUUUAAUACAAAUGGAUAUAAUUCGAAUAAUAAUAAUAAUAAUAAUAAUAAUAAUAAUAAUAAUAAUAAUAAUAAUAAUGGCACAAUGAACUCAAAUACGUAUAAUAAUAAUAAUAAUAAUAAUAAUAAUAAUAAUAAUAAUAAUAAUAAUAAUAAUAAUAAUAAUAAUAAUAUUAAUAAUAUUAAUAAUAAUAAUAAUAUUAAUAAUAAUAAUAAUAAUAUUAAUAAUAAUACCAAUAAUAAUAAUAAUAAUAAUAAUAUUAAUAAUAAUAAUAAUAAUAAUCCAAACUAUAAAAGACAAAACAAUAGUUUUAAUAUACCCAACAAUAAUAAUAAUAAUAACAAUAAUAAUAACAAUAAUAAUAAUAUUACGAUUAGCAAUGUUAAUAGUGAAUAUUACGCUAAGGAAAUACAAAUUCAACAACAAAUGCAAACAUUAACAUUACAACAAUUACAGGUUAAACAACCGAGUAAACCAAAACCACAAGAAAAUAUAAAUGAAUCACCAAUCGUUUUACCAACUUUAAAGGACAUAAGCGAUGGAACACCUUCAUAUAAUUUACAAAAUGUACAUCCUUUCUUUGAUUCAAAACCAACAAUUAAAAUUCUUUCAAGAACAAAGCCAAAAGAAGAAAAUAAAGUUAUUACACCCAAACAACCAAAACAAUCAACAGAAGAGAGAGAAUUGGAAUAUCAAAAAAGAAGAGCUCUUUUAUUUGGUACACCUCUUCCUUCAGAUUCAACAACACCAACAACAACAUCACCAACCUCCGAAAAUAUUUCUUCACCAACAAGUGAAAUUGAAACUUUAAAUAACAAUGAAAUUAGUAAUAAUAAUAAUAAUAAUAAUAAUAAUAAUAAUAAUAAUAAUAAUAAUAAUAAUAAUAAUAAUAGUAAUGAACCAUCAAAUAAAUAUUCACCAGGUUCUUUUAAGAAAAAUAGUAAAUUAAAUACUAGCAAUGGAGAUGGUAAUACAUCUCCAAUAUCACAACAACAACAAAGACAACCAUUAGGACCUGAUCCAACAGCUGGUAGAGGUUUUGGUAGUCGUAGAGGUGGUAAAACCUCAACAACGACCACACCUACAUCAUCAACCUCAACUACAACAACAAAUAAUGCAACAACAAAUGGAAAUUAA